AUGGCGACGAUGGCGACCCGCGACGCGCGCGCGACGGCGCGACCGACGCGCGACGCGAUGCUCUGGACGAUCGAAGAGCUCGCGAGCGCGGGCGUCGACGCGACGACGCUGCGAAACCUGCUGCCGGUGGGACUCGCGGGCGAGGGCGCGCGGGCGGCGCGCGCGCGGAAGCGCGUGCGACAUUUUUUUCUGCUGAGCGCGUCGAUCGCGGCGAUCGAAGGGGCGGAGGGAGAGGAGACGGAGAAGAGUCUGGAGGCGCAUCGAGACGCGAUGGCGCGCGCGAGAGACGCGUGCUUUCAGGAGGACGACGGCGACGAGGAGGAUUUGAUCGGCGAGGAUACGGAGGCGUUUCGGGCGUACGUGAAGGCGGCGGAACGAGCGAUCGAGGUGCUGGGGAUGCGGGAGGCGUGCGAAGGGCUCGAUGAGCGCCGUUCGGCGCGCGACGAGACGCCGCGAGACGCGGUGCGACGGGUGGUCGAGGAGUGGAAGGACGCUUUGCUCGGCGUCCACGGUCGGGACGUGGACGAGCACUUGGAUCGCAUCGAGGACGCGUGGACGCGCAAGGCUGCGGAUCGUUAUCACAGAUUGUGCGAGGUUGAGGAGUGGGACGAGCCGUCGCGCGCGUUGGUGAAAAAGGCGCUCGAGCUCUUGCGCGCCGAGCUUUGCGGGAAAGCGACGACGUUGACGACGGUGCAGGAGCACUUGGCGAACUCGUAUUACGUGCCUUCGCGCGCAAAGCCAGGGUUCACGCUGGGUAAGCGUGAUGAUGGCGUGCGCGAGUGGGUUGACGUCGGCGCGCGUGGCGUGAAGCGCCGAGCCGAGACGAACGCGGACGCUUUCGUCUCGUCGCCAUCGACCAAGCGAGUUCAUUCAGAAGAAACAUCUCCGGCCAAACCUCGUUCGUCUCCGGGACGAUUAGGCGCCUUGCUGUCGAAGACUAUUUCGUGGGUGCGCAAAUCGGUGGACGCGCCAGCGUUCAUCAAAUCACCCUUCGGCAAAUCACCGCUCGGCAAGUCAUCGCGGAUCACGGCGUCGCAAACCAUCGACGACGUAGAAGAAAGACGUACAGACGAAGUAGAAACUCUUGAAGACGACACGCCCCCCAGCGAGCACGAAUCAGAAGAAGAAAUAAUGCCGACGCAAGUGCCUACGGGCUCGUAUACUGACGAAGAUGACGAAGACGAAGACGAAGAUGAAGACAAAGACAAAGACCCGGAGCCAUCUCCGACGCAAGUGCAUACGGGCUCGUAUACUGACGAAGAUGACGAAGACGACGACGAAGAUGAAGAUGAAGACCCGGAGCCAUCUCCGGCGCCGACGGAGCCGUCUCCGGCGCCGACGCAGACAAUACAACCGGCUCCGCUCAAACGGCAAGGAAAAGUGUAUCCGAAGGCACAACGACUGGUGUCGGUGAGAGCAGCACACGCGCGCUCACCUUUAACCGGCUCCGACGACGAGUACGACGAAAUCGAAAUCGAGGCGACGCCUGGCAAUUACCUCGUGCCCCGCGUCAAUCGACUCCAGCCAGUGAAGACCAGUGUCAAGCAAUCCCCAACUCGUAAGAGAAAAUACGAGAGACAAACAACAAGACGCGCGCCUGGACGCCCGAAGAACUGGACGCCCGAGGAAGAGACCGCCCUGAUCGAGGGCGUGGAAAAGUUUGGCAGUGGCAAGUGGAAAACGAUUUUAGCAGACGACGCGCGCGGUAAGAACGUUUUCGCCGCCAACGCCCGGACAAACGUCGAUUUGGCGAAAAAAUGGUACCAUCUACGCCCAUCUCAUUUGAGCAACAUGUGGCGACAGCACGAGCAAGAUCAAGAAAUAGUGGCACGCCAAGAGAAACCUAAGUUGGAUUACAUUAUCGACGCAAUCCUAGAGGGCAGUCAUUGACUUCGA